CUCUCCCUCUCCCCUCCCACUCCCCGCUCCCCUCGCAGAGCUCGAGCCCGUCUUCCCCCCUCACACUCCAGUCAACAUGGCUACAGUUGUAACCUCGACCAGAUUCACAGACGAAUAUCAGCUGUACGAGGAACUCGGAAAGGGUGCCUUCUCCAUCGUCCGCCGAUGCAUCAAGAAGUCCACCGGCCAGGAGUAUGCCGCAAAGAUCAUCAACACGAAAAAGCUCUCCGCCAGAGACCACCAGAAACUGGAACGGGAGGCGAGGAUUUGUCGACUGCUAAAACAUCCAAACAUAGUACGACUCCAUGACAGCAUCUCAGAGGAAGGCUUCCAUUACCUGGUUUUUGACCUCGUCACCGGAGGAGAACUUUUUGAGGAUAUUGUCGCUCGAGAGUAUUACAGCGAGGCCGAUGCCAGCCACUGCAUCAAUCAGAUCCUGGAGAGCGUCAGUCACAUCCACCAGCAUGACAUCGUGCACAGGGACCUCAAGCCAGAGAACCUGCUCCUGGCCAGCAAGAUGAAGGGAGCCGCGGUGAAGCUGGCGGACUUCGGCCUCGCCAUCGAGGUGCAGGCGGACCAACAGGCCUGGUUCGGUUUUGCAGGGACUCCAGGCUAUCUGUCCCCAGAGGUGUUGAGGAAGGACCCGUACGGGAAGCCAGUGGACAUAUGGGCAUGUGGUGUGAUCCUGUACAUCUUGUUGGUGGGCUACCCCCCCUUCUGGGACGAGGACCAACACAAACUGUACCAACAAAUCAAGGCCGGCGCAUACGACUUUCCUUCUCCGGAGUGGGACACUGUGACCCCCGAGGCCAAGAAUCUGAUCAAUCAGAUGUUAACGAUUAACCCGGCCAAAAGGAUCACUGCGGACCAGGCCAUCAAGCACCCCUGGGUCUGCCAACGCUCCACUGUGGCCUCCAUGAUGCACCGCCAAGAGACCGUGGAGUGUCUGCGCAAGUUCAACGCCAGGCGGAAACUUAAAGGAGCAAUCCUCACAACGAUGCUGGUGUCCAGGAACUUCUCAGUGGGACGGCAGCAUACCAGCCCUGCCGCCACCACCAGCACGGCCUCAAUGGCACAGGAAGCGUGCAAAUCCUUACUAAACAAAAAGUCGGACGGCGUGAAGUCGCAGGGAAACAGUAAAAACAGUGUAGUAAGCAGCAGCAGCACCAAAGACAGCAGCAUGUCAUCCUCAGCACCAAUGGAAGCCCAGACUACUGUUGUACACAACCCAGCUGAUGGCACCAAGGGCUCCACGGAGAGCUGCAACAACGCAGAAGAGGAGGAGAUGAAAGGUAGGAAAGUGGCUGCCUGUGAGUCCUCUGGUGCAGUGGUGACCCAGUGCGGCUCCACUGGGCAGCAGACCCGGUCACCGGGGUCACCGCGCCCGCCCGCGGCUGCUGCCCCGCAGGAGGCUGCCGGUGUCCCUCAGCCCGGGCCGGCUCAGAGCGCCGGUCCUGGUCCCGGACCAGAGUGCGCUCUGGCGCCCCCCGCGGGCGCGAGCCGCGGCCCGCGGCAGACUCGUAAACAGGAGAUAAUAAAGAUGACGGAGCAGCUGAUUGAAGCCAUCAACAAUGGGGAUUUUGAGGCCUACACGAGGAUCUGUGACCCCGGACUGACUUCUUUUGAGCCGGAAGCUCUCGGGAACCUGGUGGAGGGAAUGGACUUCCACAAGUUCUACUUUGACAACCUGCUGAGUAAAAACAGCAAGCCGGUGCACACCACCAUCCUCAACCCCCACGUGCACCUGAUCGGCGAGGAGGCCGCCUGCAUCGCUUACAUCCGCCUGACGCAGUACAUGGACGCCCAGGGCCGGCCGCGAUCCUGCCAGUCCGAGGAGACGCGCGUGUGGCACCGCCGCGACGCCAAGUGGCUCAACGUGCACUUCCACUGCUCAGGAGCACCGGCCGCCCCCCUGCAGUGAACCCAGAACCCAGAACCCGGGCCCAGCUUUGCCUGAUCUCUAAAGCUGUUUGGAGCUUUCAUCUCCGUGGUCGGAUCGGUGCCUGGAUCACGACACGGAAGAAGCUGCUUGGAAAAGUUGUGGGAAAAAGAAAAAAAAAAAAAGAUAGAAGUGAGGGAAAAUACAUUUAUAAAUUAAACAAAAAAAUAAGAAGCUUAUUUCCAAAGCUUGCCUGAAUGACCGAUCACACCGAUCCAGUCCAACCCUUCGCCACGUGGCGUCCGGCCCGCCGCAGGUCAGCCCCCUUCUGGCAGACGCUGCAUGUUUCUGGUCGUUGUCCCGGGACGCGUCGCCCGUGGCCUUUAUUUCCCCACUUGUUGUGUCUGCUGUCGGGAAAAGUAUUAAAACUGGUAUAUAAAUAGGGGGCAACAUGUAUAAUAUAGGAAACAUGUGAUUUUAUGUUUUGUUUCCUAGAGAGCAACAUAUUACUGUUUAUUUUACACUUCACGGGGUUCGUUUGAUUCGGGUUUAUGGGAACUAUAGCGACUAAUAUCAAUGUGCAAUCAGAUUUUAACAUUUAUUUUAAAUCGCAUCCGUGCACAACGUUUUAAAGGGGAAGUUGCAAAAGGAUGGAUCUCACUCAAAAAGGGGACGUUUAGUUUGAUAGAAUUCAGCAUAAAUAGGUGUUUAUUACAGGAGAAAAGGGGAAACAUGAUAUAUUUUACGGUUAAGCAUGUGUUGUUUUUUAUUCUUUUUUUUUUUUUUUGCCUUGAGGUCCCGAGUUGUAAAUACACACCAUGCAUGUUUGCAUGGACGCACACACACACACACAUUCCAGGUCCCUGUGCUCCAGCCUUUAGGGUUAAGCCUCUCUGGAGCUUUAGACACAGCAUGUGUCCGGGGGCAGCUCAUCCUGAGGUUGCAGAAAGCCUCCCGUCUGACCUGCCCCCUCCUCCUCACGUCUCCAAACCCGACGUGCAGCUUCAUCUUCUUCAAUCGAUCGAAUGGCCCGUACUGUUUUUUUGACACUCUAUGCUGUUGUGUUCGCUCUCCGGAGGGAGCGAACCUUUCUGCAACCUCAGGUUUACCCCCCCCCCCCACCCUCCUCGUCCUCCGCUUAAAGCCCCCUUACUGUCCAAGUAGCAGCUCGCUGUGUAACGAUGAUGUCACCCUUAUGCCUGUCUCUUGUUGGGAUUGUGUUCUGAAAAUGUGCGUGUCGUCCGUCUUGGCUUGCUGUGUAAAGUCUUGGAAUUAUAAAAAAAAAAAAAAAACUUUAAACAAAAACUUUAAAAAGCAUGUUAAAAAGGGAAUGCAGCCGAAGGAUUAUACAAAAAAAGGGCAUGAUGGGAUUUGGGCUGUGGGACUGUCGCUGAUGGCAAUCAAUGGAUCCGGUCCUUUUGUGUCCGUCGUAAAUGUGAUGGUUAUUACUGUUUUGAUGUUAUUUUUAAUAGUUGUUUUAGCCAGAAAUGUAAGAACAAUUUGGGAGACUGCCACAACCAUUUUUUACUGCCAACCCCCCCUCACACGCACACUGACAUCUUGAGACAAAACAUGUUUUACACUCUGUGGCUGAUAAUGAGGACGCUUAUCUGUCUGUCUUAGCACUUAGUGAAUAAAUGGUCCUGCAUCUCCAACCUUUGUGACGUCGCCCCCCCACGAGGAGGCCGUAGCUGCUCGUCACUUAAAGGUGAUGAGUUGUUGCCCGACGGCAGCACUGUGGAGCAAAGUGCUUCCUGCUAAAGGUCACUCAGACUUCUAAACCAUGUUCUUGACUUUUUUUAACUGGCCGAUGAUCAGACAUCUUGGUCAUCGAUCCAAAUUUGUGAACCUAACAAAACCAAUUUUUUAAUUUUCUAGAUAAUUUCAAAGAUGUCAAAUCAAAUUCUGAAGGAGGCUUCAACAUUUUAGUGCAACACGUUCAGUGGCAUUUAAAUGUCCUGCAGUUAGAAGUUGUCACAAUUGUUUAUUUGCAGUUAGUGACCUCUGCUUCAGCUAAAGAGGAAUGGAAUCCGUUGUAACGUCACAGCUAUUUAACGCGGAUGUAAACAAGACGAGUGACCAAAUAAAAGCACCUUCACGUUAACUUUGGGCUGUUUGCUGCUACGACAAUAACUCUGUUUUGCUUCAUGUACAAUUUCGUAGUUCUAAUAAUUUGGCAAAAGUCGAACAGAACCCGACUGAUCCGAGGGGAGGAAAAGAUCAUUGGAAUUAAAAACCACAACUUUUAACACCUUACAUGCAGGUCGACUUUGAGGUCAUUUUUCAGUUUUCUGGAUAAAUGAAAAUCUUACUUGAUGACGUGGCUCCAUCUGACAUAUCAAAAUGUUGUCUCACAGUAAAAUGAUUAGAAAAAAAGCCUUAGCGUGUAAGUAGGUUUAUUGCAUUGCAGCCCUUGGUCUAAAGGGGCUACGUGUGUCUAUACUCGUUUUCAUUUGGAUGCUGGAUUCUUUGCAUGAUCAUACAGUUAAAACAUUAAAAACCACAAGGUGUUUGUUUGCAUAUAAAUAAAUGAGUAUUUAUCAAAUAAAGCACUUCAACACUGG